CCAUUUAUGACAAACAAAUAUUUAGAGAAGCAAAAACCUAAUUUUAAGGUUAAACCGUUAAAAAACAUCGCGUAGCGCUGUCACUUCCACUUUUGAUUCUCUCUAUCGCUUUAUAUUUUUUCCUCUGCCUCGCAGUUUAUAUUUUAGGGUUCCUUCGAAACAAGCUUACAGGAUGCCAGAAGACGUUGAGUACCGUUGUUUUAUAGGUAAUCUUUCAUGGUCAACCUCAGAUAGGGGCCUAAAGGAUGCAUUUGAGAAGUUUGGAAAUCUUAUCGAGGCUAAGGUUGCUGUCGACAAGAUUUCUGGACGUUCUCGUGGAUUUGGAUUUAUCUCUUUUGAUGAGAAAGCGGCCAUGGAAGAAGCUAUUGAAGCAAUGAAUGGAAUGGACUUGGAUGGGCGGAAUAUAACAGUUGAUAGAGCUAAACCUCAACAAGGGUCUGGGAGAGAUUAUGAUGGUGACCGUAACCGCGGACGUGAUCGUGACCAUGACCGUAACCGGGGCUAUGAUGGCGGGCGUGGAUCUAAUGGUGGGGAGUGUUUUAAGUGUGGAAAGCCUGGGCACUUUGCUAGGGAGUGUCCUAGUGAUGGGGCUAGAGGUGGCAAGUAUGGUGGUAGGGGUGAUCGUCAUGGUGGAGGUGGUGGCCGUUACGGUCCUGAUCGGAAUGGAGAUCGAUUUGGUGGGCGCAGCAGGGAUGCAGGUAGUCGUGGGGGAUCUGGAAGUGAUAGAUACAAUCGUGAUCGAUCUGGACCCUAUGACCGUCGUGGAACUGGGGGUCCUCGUUCUGGUUAAGAUGACUGCUUGUGCUGAUGAACUAGGUUGCUGCUUUUUGGCAAAGCAUGAAGUUUCUUUUUUACAGAAUGUGCUCUCUUCAUUGUUGUCUGGGUGGAACAAUAUAAUAGUUCAGUCCUUUGAAGUGUGAAACUUGGCACAAACCUACAACUAUUUAUGUGUUCGUAAAAUGCUGUGUUCGAUGGAGUUUUGUGCUUUCUUGACAUGCACUUUCAAAUAUGGUCUUAUGCUCUCUGCUCCAUUUUUUGUGACUCAUGCAUUACCAACAGCACUUGCCGUUACUUCUGUCCAACUUCUCGUUGACUUUUUCAUUGCCCAAUUAUGGAAGAUGGUUUGGUCUUUGCAUGGGUAUUUGGAAGAAUGACGGGGAGGGGUUCACCAUUUGGGUUUUGCUUUUUCUCACUUGUGGAGUAGAAUCUUUAGUUAGAAGUAAUGCCAUUUUGUCUGCCCUGUUUUUGCUAUCUAGUAAAUAAACAGGAGUCAAGCGGGUAAUUUAUUUUCCUUAUGUAUUGCUUUGCUCUGUGCUAGUUUUUUAAUUAAUAGUUUGCGCAGUAUUAAUGCUGUUGACAUUUUGGCAGGAUGCUUGGCCGUUUCUGGUUUUUAUGGAUACUUUAUUGGGUUUCUUUGUUUCUAA